AUGGUCAAGGACUUAUCGCACCUCCUUUCGGAGGAAUCUAAGGGUAGAAAGCCUUCCCCUUUGAAGUCAGCAUUCAAGUACUACGGUAAGGAAGACAUUGUUUUCCUCGGCGGAGGACUUCCACUUGCUGAUUACUUCCCAUGGGAGAAAAUUGUGGCUUACUCUCCAGAACCUCCUUUCGAGGACGGUAUUGGAGCCCAACCUUCGGUCACGGGUAAAUCCACCAUUUCCGAGGUGCACAAGCACAAGGUCGAGGAGUUUGACAUCCCGCUCGCCAGAUCUCUUCAAUACGGCCACACCCAAGGUAACCCUGAGCUCAUUGAUUUCCUUAAGGAACACACAAAGAUGAUCCACAAUGUUCCAUACGAAGAAUGGGACCUUUGUUUGACCAUCGGUAACACCCAGUCUUGGGAAGCUUGUAUCAGAAGUUUCUGCAACCCAGGCGACUCCAUCUUCAUUGAGGAAUACACCUUCCCAUCCGCAGUUGAAACGGCCAGAAACUUGGGUGUCAACUUCGUUCCUAUGAAGAUGGACGCUUUCGGUAUCAUCCCAUCGGCGCUUGCAGAACUACUUGAAAACUGGGACAAAUCCAAGCCACUUCCAAAGCUCUUGUACACUAUCUGCACAGGUCAGAACCCUACAGGCUCUUCCCUAGGCUACGAAAGAAGAAAGGAGCUCUACGACCUUGCAUGUAAGUACGAUUUCGUUAUCAUUGAAGAUGAGCCAUAUUACUUCCUACAGAUGACGGAAUACCAAUCUGGAAAGGAAGAAGAAAUCAAAACUCCUUCCCACGAAGAGUUCUUGAAGUCUCUUGUCAAGUCUUUUAUUUCCAUGGACACAGAGGGAAGAGUUCUUCGUUUAGACUCCUUCUCCAAAGUCUUGGCCCCAGGAACAAGAGUCGGAUGGAUCGUUGGUCAAGCUGCGCUGUUGGAGAGAUUUGUGCGUCUACACGAAGUCUCCAUCCAGGCACCUUCCGGUUUUUCUCAAACGAUCGUCCAGGCCUUGUUGGGCAGAUGGGGCCAGUCUGGUUACGUCGACUGGUUGAUCGCAAUGAGAAAGGAAUACUCAAUCAAGAGAGAUUUUACUAUAAAAUGCUUGGAAAAGUAUAUGCCAAAGGAGGUUGUCUCUUGGACCCCUCCUAUUGCCGGUAUGUUCUUCACCAUCUUGCUGGACGCAUCGAAGCACCCAGAUUUUGCUACCAAGUACGACAGUGACCCACUUAAGGUCGAGGAUGCCGUCUACGAACAGGGUUUGAAGGACGGUUGCUUGAUGAUCCCAGGGUCCUGGUUUGUUGCUCCAAACAGAAAGAACACAUCAGGCACCACUUUCUUCUACAGAGGUACCUACGCUGCAGUACCAUUAGACACCUUGGGUGUUGGUUUGGAAAGAUUCGCCAAGGCCGUAAAGUCAGAAUUCGGUUUAUAA